AAUCGUGUCCGUCUGCCUCGCAGCCUCCCUCGAUCCCAGUCAAGUCCCAACACCCGACCACUGAAGAGACACCUCACCACGUCUCUUUCUCUCUCUCUUGUGCCCACUGCAUCCAGAAGACACUCACUCCAGCGACCCAGAGAUAAAUACAGCCCUCACCGUCGAAAUGGAAGCUUCAUCAGUGCUCCGGCUGGUGGUGGUUGUAGCAGCUAUGGCAGCAGGGGCCUCUGGUAGGAUGGCAGGCCGCUUACCGGGAGGAUUCGGUGUCCUGUCGUCUCCUUUUGAUUGCAACAACCGAGCCUUUGGUUACUACGCCGACAUCGAUAACGGGUGCCGCGCCUUCCACGUGUGCCUCCCUGUGUACAGCGAGGAGGGCCAGCUGGAAGAAGUGGCGCACUUCACUUUCAUGUGCGGUCAGAACGCCGUGUUCAGCCAGGACUCUCUUACCUGUGCCCACCCAAGCGAGAGUCUGCCGUGCUCUGAGGCGGCCGCCCACUAUGAAGUGUCCAACGCAAACUUCGGCAUCAUCCCAGAGGAAAACCAAGAGUUCAGCGAACAGCCUGUAAGCUUACAGUAGUGGAUAGCGUCCCUCUGACAUCACACAAGCGGAAGGGUGACAUCAUGGUAAAGGGAUUUAAUUUCACAUCUAUAAUAUAUGCGGCCUUGCCUAUGAGUUCAGUAAAUUGAAGGGGCUCAUGCGCAAGUGAAGAACUACGGUAAAACAAAAUUGACACAACAAUAAAAAUGUUAUACAGAAU